CUGUGUCCUGCUCCCUGGUGCUCUCCCUCAGAAAGGAGGCGGAGGACGAUGAGGAAGCGCAGGAGGCAGCAUCUCCUGGCUGUGGGCGUUCUAAUGGUGGUCGCGGGAGGUUUUCUGAAGUCCAGAGUUGAUGACCCUCCUGCAGUCCAGCCCGUGAGACGAAGGGGUCUGCUGCAGUUUUCCAGCUGGAGUCCUUUAAUGGUGCUGUUACACACACAAACAGACAACAAAGAAAUUCUUGGUUACACUCUUGGGCUGCUGUCCCUCUUCAUUUCCUGUACCUCCAGGUUCCCAGCACUCUGCAAAGCUCUGAGAGGACAGAGGCUGACCAAAGUCUGCAUAUUCUCCGGACUGCUGUGCUCACUCUCCGGUACCCUCUACGCCGUGGCCAUCUUCCUCUACGACACCCGCUUUGUUUUUCUCGUGAGGGUUAUGCCGUGGCUUCUGUCAGCAAUAGGCUGUGUCAACUUAGACCUGCUCAUUUUGGUCAUUCACUGGUGCAAGAAAAAAAACAGGCAGCGGCCCACGAGUCUUUCUCCGGACACCGAGAGCCUUUUGACAGGUUCAGGUGUCCAAACUGAGGAUCUCGCUGUCGGAGAGCGACAGAAAGAGCAGCAGAUACCCUCAUCAGCACAAACGAAAUACUCGACCUUUCCCUCAAAGACCAAAAAUUCCCAGAAGAUGAAUGAGAUGGGUCACUACAUGGAUGUGAGUUUUCUACCUGCAACAAAAAAAAUGUCCCUUAAAGAGGUGACAUUGUCUAAGGAGGGCGAGGAUGACCGCACUCUCCAAAAGAUAGUGCGAGUGAUCAGAGUGGACAGCCUCUGCUCCUCGGAUACAUCCUGUGACUCUUCGCCGGUCAGUUCUGACCUGGAGUGGGACUUCAGUGCAGCCGUUUCACAGUGGAGUAAACCGGCAGCAAAACCACAGGAGGGGGAUGAAUUUCCCCUUCAAGACUGGCCGACAAACCCCAAACCUUUCAACAUCAACAGCACCCGCUCCACGUCUGAACUCCCACAGAAAACUCUGUCUAGUAUGAAUGAGAGGAGCUCUACAUCAAACUGAGCACUGCUGUGUACCCGCCUGGAGCCACAACUUUCAAAUGAAUAAAAGUGCAAAUAUUGACCUGUUAUUUGUCACUUUAUUACCUGGUUUUACUGCUCUGUUGUCUCAUCUAAUGGGUUAAAUGGUGCUUAUAGGUUUAGUCUUU